ACAAAAAAAAUCUACGUGUCGUUUUAAAAGUCUGCAAAGACUUCAUUACUUGGAAACUCUCACUACUAAAACAAAUUGAGGAACAAUAUGCUGAAUUAUAUGAAACUAAAAUAAUUAUUUGACAGUUUUGUGCACAUAUUUUAAAACAACAUUUCUCUGAGGAAGUUUACCCACUCAAAUUGAGCAAUGGCUGUGAGGUAUCUGCACACACCCAGGGCUCUCAAUGCAUCAGAGGAAACUUCUGGUUUGUUUUGACACAAAUAACCACAACUCUGCCAAGGUGAGACAAGAGGACGCAGCAGUGGAAAAAGAGAUGUCAUAUUUAACUUUUAGACUUUUCAGAAAUGUGUUUUUAAAAUGUUUUUUUUUUUUGUUUUUUUUUUUUAUCUGACUACCCAAGUUUUGCAUAGGAGCAAUUGUUGUUCAUAUAAACUGACAGUGAGGCAUGAAAGGGCAGGAAAGGUGGCUAAAAAUCGUACCUCUCUUAUUUGGAGGUCCCUCGCUCGGUAAAUGUCAGCAAGUUUCAACAGGAUGUGGAGGGAGCUUUUGUCACGUUAUGUCCUUUCUGCACUACCUGCUUGGUCUAAACAGUAAACCGUAUAAAGUUUAAAGCCGAACGUGAUCACCAUCAAGUUUGAAAAAGUUAAAGUUGUGGUGUUCUGUUGACUGCUGUACAAAGUGAAACCCUGCAGAAGUAUUUAGGUGACUAAAGUGAUGCAGCCGAGCCGUAGUGGUCUUGUGGUUUUGUCCCAUGAUGCACGGAGAAAUUAAAGCAGCCUCGUCUUGCUGCUGCUAAACAUUGUGUGACUCGUGACAAUGAAAGCAGACAAGUGGAUUCCCUUUUUUGCCCUCUGGGUUCUAAGUGUCUCUUCAAAUGGUGAACGAGUCUGUAAGAAGCAUAAAGUCAGCGCUCUACUUGGAUCUUCUGUGGUCUUGCCCUGCAAUUUUUCAUCAAAUGACUCCAGCUGGGUUGAAUGGACUCAAGAAGAUAGACAAAAUGUGGACCUGGUUCGUCUCAACUCAAAGGGACGCAUUCUUUACCUGGACCCCAGAUCUGGGCGAGUGAAAACCUUUCCCAUCCAGGCUUCACAGAGGAAAUACUCUAUCAUCAUUGAUGAGCUCCAGAAAUCUGAUAUAGGUUCUUACUACUGCAAGCAGAGCAAUGAAUGCAUUGAAGUGAAGUUGUCAGGAAGUUGUAAAACUCAAGAAAUCAGAUCUCCACUUGGCUCUUCUGUGGUCUUGCCCUGCAACUUUUCAUCAAAUGACUUCGACUGGGUCAAUUGGACUCAGGCUAAGGAAGAUGGACAAAAUGUGGACCUGGUUCGUCUCUCAUCUAAGGGACGCAUUCUUUACCUGGACCCCAGAUCUGGGCGAGUGAAAACCUUUCCCAUCCAGGCUUCAAAGAGGAAUUACUCUAUCACCAUUGAUGAGCUCCAGAAAUCUGAUAUGGGUUCUUACUACUGCGACCAGAGCAAUGAAUGCUUUGAAGUGAAGUUGUCCAAAGAAAAAGGUGAAAAAGGUUACCUGUAUCUUCUGAUCUUCAUCUGUGCUGGUGCAGCUGCCUUGAUCCUCCUCAGCCUUUUCGGCUACUUCUGCUAUUUGAAAUGCAUUUGCCUUUCCAACAAAAGUAGGCCUGAUGAUGUGAUCGUUACAGUCAGUGGAACUGCAGGUCCCAGUGCUCCACCACAGGAAGGCAGCGUAAACGGACUUCCAGCAGGAGUCAAUAAUCUUGACAAUAAUCUUGUUUAUGAAAAUGAUGACCAGUACUUAAACCCAUCCAGAAAUCCAAGUGACCAACCAGGAGCUGCGCAGCACCAGGUUGGGAAUCAGCCUGGUCAGAGUGGGAUUGGAAUUUAUCCAAAUCUGGAAGAGAUCAGGUUUCAAAGAGAGGAAAGUCAGAGGACAAAGCAGAGAUUUCAUUUAGAGCUCUUCAGCAGGUUACGACAAGCCAGUAUAAAUCGCCAUUUUUAUGCAAACCAGGGAGAGAUCCGUAAGCAGCAAGCCAUGGCAGCACAAGCAGAGAAUAACAGAGCAGGGAGGGGCAGGAGGAAACCCAAAGACUCGUGUGAAUACAAAAACCCCAUUUACAACAGGAGCACAGACCAACUGAACCGACUGUAGACGAUUCAGCAGUCUGCUUUUUGUUUUUUUUGUUUACACUGAUGGUUAUUUACUAAUGAUGUUGUUUGUAAGUCUAUCUGCAAUGUAUUUUUCUGUAUCUUCUAUCUUUAAAGCUUUUUCAUAAUAAAACAAAUACAUAAAUCGUAAAUAAAAACUUUCUCUAAACUAUCCUUUAUCUCGUGAAAGAAUGGAGAUGUAAAAUAACACCUGGCUUUCAGAUUAAUGGAGUUUAGAC